CUACGUGUCGCACGCUUUUCAUAUCUGAGAAAGCUCUUGUGAUACACAGAGGCAUUACAAGGUACUUUGCAAGAUGACUCCUGCAGAACAAAAGGAUGCAGAAGCGAAUGGAGCCGGUCUGAAAGAGAUAAAAAGUGAGGUGUCAUCGGAUAGUUCUAGUGAGAACAUACCGCCGUUUCAGAAGAGAUCACGUCGCAAGGAAUGCAUCUACAUCACAAUCGCUGUCGUGCUUGGCGCGGGAUUGAUCGCCGUUCUUGUGUAUUUUUCAGUGACUAAUGCUUUAAAGGAAGACGAUCCAGUUGCAAGAGAAAACACUGGAGAUGAUAUGUCAAGCACUACACCGGAUUAUGGUUCAAACUUCUAUGAAAGCCAGUAUGGAGACAAUUACGAGGCCGAUUGUAAGUAACCAAGGAUUACAUUGGAACCUCUCUCAACCGUACUGCCUCAAACCCAGCCUGUUUAGUUCAAUACGAAAUUUCUACUGCGGUGGUCUGGUACAUGUGUAAGGUGGCGGCCUCUGAAUCCAGGGGUUGCGGGCUCGAGCCCGACUUCGGCCACGACCAAACCUUCUCAUAUGAAUUUAAUGCUGGUUAUUUAAGGAAGUGGACUCAAGUGUGGUUUAAAGAAACUUUAAGUUUUCUUCACAAUCGA